UCAUCAGCCGUUCGCUUAUGCGAUUUCUGUGCAGCAUGGAUGCACGUCCCUUCCACAGCUGCGUCGACCGCGAAUAUUUUUAACUGCUGAGUACUCAACGUGAGGGUGACAAGUUAUAUACUGCUGGCUCCCAAAUCGAACGCAAAAUAAAACAGAGUGUUAAAAUAUCGGCCACGAACUCACUCCUGGAAGGGCGACAUGCUGCAUCCAAUUCUAUAAAACGCAUAGUUACUGAUGAGUACAUUGAUGCACGGGGCGGCAUUGCUCGUCGCCCUCCUCGGCGCUCAGGCCGCGCAGGGACGAGUAAUGCAGGCAACUUCUUGUGCGGACGUGGUGAGGGGGUAUGUGGACACGGAAGUUGACGUCGUCAUGGUCACCAGAGACAUUAACUGCACCGAGGCAUCGUGGGCGGAUGUGCCUACCCCCGUGCCGGUCAGGCGCAAUCUCACCUUUCUUGGGAUCCCGCCCGGCCCGGAUGGCAUGCUGCUGACAUGGGACAACAACUUCUUGAGCCACAAAGUGCGGCUGGUCAAUUCGACGCUCACCUUCAAGUACGUUGUUACUUUCGGCACUCGCCGUAAUAAUCAGAACCUGGCGCCCGGCUAUGACCUCCUUGUGCCAUGUGACCGGGGCGACUGGGGCCGGCUGGUGGUGGACAGCUGCUAUACCGUGCAGCGCUUGUGCCUACCACCCUCCUACCACAACCAGUCGCUGUCGGGUGCCCCGAGGCCAGCCGGCGUCCUGGGCGUUCAGUUGUUCCAGGCGAUUUUGCCGCAGCCUGCCUGCCAGUCGACUGCCUCUGAUGCCACGUACACCAGUACAAGCGGCAGAAGCAGCAGCAAUGGCCUCGAGGUGGCCAUCGCGCGGGCCCCGCCACCACCACUGCUGCCGCUCCUGUCCCUGGCGCCGCCGCAGCUGCGCUGCUGGCCGCACCUGGGCUUUUACCAGGAUUUCGCAGUAGCGUGUGCAGACCUGGAUGUGAACCAGAAAUACAUUGCCGCGGGCUAUACGAUCCAGCUGGUCAAUACCCGAUACGUCUGCGACGAGACUAUAAGUGUGGAAUGCGUGCAGGAGUUGGGAGCGGUGGGCUGCUACAGCGCAUGGGAUACGUACAAGGCAUCCCACGGUUCGCCCACGGCCGUCAACGUCACUCUUUUCUUGCCGCGCAAUGCUUCAAGCGAGCCGGCGGGUGAUGGCGGCAGCUCUGGAGGCGGGCUGAGCCAGAUGGGUCAGGUGCUGGUCGGGGCCAUCAUCGGCGGUGUGGCGGCCGCAGGCCUGCUCGUCGCCGCAGGAGUGGGCUUCGCGCGAUGGCACCGGCGCAGGGCGGCGGGCCUGUUGCCCAUGGCUUCAAAGCCGGACGGCAUGGGACCAGCACUCCAGUGCCAGGGCCAGCAACAUGGAGACGGAAAUAGCGGGGACCUCGGAAUCCGUGUCGGCGCGGACUUGCACGGAACUGCUCUGUCCACUGCGACUGCAGUUGACACAAACGGCGGCGUGGAUGCUGCAGCACCAAAGUGGAUGCUGUGCCCUGUCACGCCGUGUUGGCGGUCGCCCCGAGCCAGCAGGAACUCUUCUGCAUCCGCAUCGCCCACCGCGGCCCCUGGCACGCGCCUGAAACUGACAGCGAGCAGCGCUGUCGGCCACAAGAACGUCCUGUCUGACACCGGUAGCGGCGCUGCUACCGGAACGAGUCCGGACACGGAUCCAUGUGCCUUCGCCAUCGGCUUUUCCUCGACUCCGGGGGUCAGUGCUGCCCAGCAGCAUGCGGCGCCGGCUUCCCGUUGCAGCAACAGGCUCGAGGACAGCCACCAUAGCCAUCAAGGCAAGGCCGAGGCCCAUCAGGGGCAGCAGCAGCAGCAGGCGGACGGGGACGGGGAGGGCGAGGCAGAGGCUUCCAUGUACGACACGGUGGAGGUGGUGACGCUGGAUCGGCCCGUACGGCACGUGGAGUUGAAGGCGGAGAGCCUGCUUGACCCCACAGUGACGUUGCUGCCCAUCACUCUGGGGCGCGGCGCGUUUGGCCGUGUCGUGGAGGGCCGCUACCAGGGGCAGCGUGUGGCUGUCAAGUUGCUAAACGACUCUGCAUUUCUGGUGUCUGCGGGCGUGGCCCAGAGCACGGGCGGUGCCGCUGGCGCCCGCGGCCCCCGUGCUGAGGCUGCUGGUGGCGCCACCGAGGGCCACAGCGCUGCAGGACAAUGCGGCGACGAGGCCGCCAUGCGCCAGCAUCUGCGGGAGGCGCUGGCGCAGGAGGUCGAGGUCAUGGGCCGUUGCCGGCACCCCAACGUGCUGCGGCUGCUGGCAGCGUGUGUGGCGCCGCCGCGGCUGUGCCUGGUGAUGGAGCUGAUGGAGACGAGUCUGGAGCGACUGCUGUACGGCAGCGGCAGCAGCUAUGGCCACAUCGUUGGAGGGCGUGCCGGCGGUGGUGGCGAUGGCGGCAAUGGCGUUGCGCCGCAGCCUCUGCUGCCGCUGGCUGUCGUGCUGGACAUUGCGCUAGAUGUGGCGCACGGCCUGAGUUACCUUCACCCCACCAUCAUUCACCGCGACCUGAAGCCCGGGAAUGUGCUCUUGAACAUGUCCGGACCCAAGCCUGUUGCAAAGCUCGCGGACUUCGGUAUUUCCCGCAUCGCGAGCACCGUUCUGAACACGGACCAUCCAGAGGCUGGCACGCCCGCAUUUAUGGCCCCAGAGCUGUUUGAUAUUGACAACUAUCUGGUCUCUCACAAAGUUGAUGUUUACAGCUUCGGCAUCCUCUUGUGGAGCAUGCUGUCUGGCGAAGUGCCCUGGCAGGAUCUGACGCUGGUCCAGAUGGCCUAUCGGGUUGCGGUGCUUCAGGAGCGACCACCUCUUGCAGCCAUCCCCGCACAUCGCCUGCCGCCCAAGAUGAUCCGUCUGAUCACGUCCUGCUGGGAUCCGGUGCCGGAGAGGCGGCCCGCCGCCGCUGAGGCCGUCAAGCAGCUGCUCCUGAUCAAGGAGGAGCACAGCGGAUUGCAGGCAGCGUAAACACUGUCUUCAUGUCUAUGCCAUGUGCAUGACCAUGCGCACACGCAUGUAUCGUGAUACAAUAUGCACAAGGUUACAUGGUUCCAAAGAUAUACUCGUUUCAUGUGCACUUGGGGGCAGUGAUAUCAUCAUAUGGUACUGGCUUAUCACAUGUUCGUUUCGCAUCGUUUACCCGCCUACAUCGGAAAAGUGCACGAGUGUACUGAUAUAUCGUUUGCGCACAGGGAGGUUUAUAACUUGAUGCACUAUUGGACGCAGCAGGGAACGCAUAAGAGAACCCGGAUGCGGUGGUUAGGGUUUAACGCAAUAGGGGUGCUGUUGAUUGUGCAUGACCACAGAAGAGCCUUUGUUCGGUGUGCACAGCUCGAGCUUCUGCGAGAAUCCAGAUGUGAUGCUGGCAGUAGCUGUAAAUGCUGCCCUGGGAAGGCCCUUGGGAAGGCCUAGGGAUUAGGGGGGUUAUGCCACAUGGAGUUUUGCGCAGAUAGCUCCACGGUGUGACGCAAUGUGCGGCGUGCACACACACUAAUAAGCAGUAGUGGUGCUCUUGGUAUUGGCAAAGGCCUCAAGGAAGUUCUGCAGGAACAGGACUCUGUCCAGUUGGAAGAAUGGCCCAGGUGUUUGCGAGUGGAAGCACAAUACGGUAACACGGUACAUGUCCUUAUAAAGGGAACGCAAGAAGACUGGCGAGUGUGUGCACAGUGCGCGUAACGUGCGCAUGCUUGGGCUGAGAGGCAGGGAGGCAGUUAUGUACGAGACCCGCUCAUCCCUGCCGGGGUAAUGCCACCAGAAGACCUAAACGAAUUGCCUGGUGUCACGAAAUUGUGGCGGUGAUGCUACAUGAUGGGGCUUUGGUGGGUCUUGCAGGGUCUUGCACGGCUUGGGUUCGACUCACUGUGCGCUGACCUGCUGGACUUAAGCAUGCAGAGUUGCAGCAACACCUUGGGUGGUGGUGGAUUCAAGUCAGGGGGGCUUCCCCUUCCAAGUUUGUCCCGGGCAGCGCUCGAUGGUCCCUGCUUGCUUGUACGCUCGGGUUGUCCCCUCAUGCAAUCUCCGGCCAGCGUGCAAGGCUGUCGUCCCGUCAUAGCUCCUGCAGACAUCCGAACGGCGAGGCGCACUAGCCUGCACUAGCUUCCUCAUGAUGGCAGCCACUCCUAUGGGCACUAUGCCCUCCCGCUCCCAGUUCAAUGCGGGCGCCCUUGCUGGCCACUGCUGGCCGCGUCACGUCACUGGCUCGUGAACUGCGUCAGCAGGUCCCUCUUGUAACCAAUAAUCUGGCCAUGUCCAUACAUCUGUCGUGACCUGGCGUGUGACCGUGCAUAUCGUGUGACUGAGUGAUUUGGAUGUGGUUUUGGCGUGUGGGAAGAGGGGAACGUGCCCGAGGUUGGUUGGCUCGACACGGUGUAUUGCAUGGGAGGUCGGAGUACGGGUGAUCCGAGAGAGGAUAUAGGUCGCGUCUGAGAGCGGCUAGAGCCGUCUCUCAUUCCGAUCCUAGGCGAGAUAGUCUUUGACCGUUCUAUUGAGGGACCCGUCCUAGUGGACGUUGAACUCUGAGGCAACAUGUAAGCCGGAACGUGAUCGUCUUGCGCCACCCUCUCGCUCGCUACGCAUGCGCUCCAGGCCGCCUACACCGUGGCCAACACGGCCAGUUGCAGAGGCCGACAUAACAGAUCUGCAAACACGUUCAUUGUCCUAUCAUAGGGCGCGACACAUCCGCGAAUACCCUUGCUGUGAACCUGUGACCCGCUUGCCCUUUAGGUGCCGUCCUGCAGAGUUCCGAUGGCCAAGCAAAGGCAGUUAUCGUAGAAACAGACAUAUGUACGGUGUCUGACUGCAGGCUGCCUAGUAUUGUGCAGGCUGACCGACUGACGACAGGACGGCAGACAGUUGCGAUAUUCCCAGGUAGGGGACGUGAACCAGCACGGCCGCGUAGCCCCUUGCUACCAUCACAUCGUAGGCGUCGUAUUCUCA